GAUUGAAGAAUCCUCUCAUGAGUUGUUGAUUCCAGCCAUCUAAGGGCGAGGAUAAGCGGCUGCCGAGAAGACGGUUCCAUCACUUGGAUUCAUAUCAUGAUGAUGAUGAAUCGAUGAUGAUGAUGAUGAUGAUGAUGAUGAUGCCACACAAUUUGCUCAGUUGAGAACUUCUUCAGCUCCGAUUUCAUUCAGCGGUACGCAUCGCCGAGCAUCCAUCUUCCUUGCUUCUUCACUUGUUACAAUAUGCAUGCCUGAUUGUUGGAAUUGAUUUGUAUUAUUUUUCAUUUCUUGAGCUGGUCAUCUCUUUAUUACAGUAGUAGAGCUUCUUUUUUCAUCUUCCAAUGGAUUAGGAGCCAGGAUUUCUGCCGGUGUUGAUUUCAGUGACGAAUAACUCUCUUAUUUGACAGAAAAAUAGAAUGUACUUCAGCUUCAUUGAUCGGGAAAUUGUAGCGGCGUAAACGAAGUUUUUCCAAGCCUGAAGGUUAGAGAAUGUCGGAUCUAACGAGUGCAUUGAAAGAGGCUUCUGAAACUGGAACAGAUUUAUCACCAGAUGAUAUUGGCUCAAUUGAGGAAGUACCUGAGGAUACAAUUUUGUCAAGUCAAACUUCCAUAAACCUUGUGCCAUUCAUUGGCCAGAGAUUUAUUUCACAAGAUGCUGCUUAUGAAUUCUAUUGUAGCUUUGCAAAACAAUGUGGUUUCUCAAUCAGGCGUCACCGUACCCGGGGGAAAGAUGGUGUUGGCAGAGGAAUCACAAGGAGGGAUUUCACUUGCCACCGGGGUGGUUAUCCACAAUUAAAGCCCUCGGAAGAUGGAAAACUCCAAAGGAAUCGAAAAUCUUCACGUUGUGGAUGUCAAGCAUACAUGCGAAUUGUGAAGAGAGCUGAUUUCGAUGUUCCUGAGUGGCGUGUAACAGGUUUCAGUAAUGUCCAUAACCAUGAACUCUUGAAGUCAAUUGAGCUUCAGAUGCUUCCUGUCUAUUGCACUAUAUCUGCGGAUGACAAGAGCCGGAUAUGUAUGUUUUCGAAAGCUGGAAUGUCGGUUAGACAAAUGCUUAGGUUAAUGGAGCUAGAGAAAGGUGUUAAGUUAGGUUGCUUACCUUUCACGGAAAUAGAUGUGAGGAACCUGCUUCAGUCUUUCAGAGAUGUUGACAGGGAUACUGAUCCAAUUGAUCUUCUAAAGAUGUGCAAGGACAAGAAAGAUAAAGAGCCUAAUUUCAGAUAUGAAUUCAAGAUUGAUGCGAACAAUAGGUUGGAGCACAUUGCAUGGUCAUAUUCUUCUUCUAUACGAUCUUAUGAAGCUUUUGGUGAUGCUGUAGUAUUUGAUACAACUUAUCGGUUGGAAGCAUAUGACAUGCUUUUGGGUAUUUGGAUUGGAGUCGAUAACCAUGGAGUCCACUGUUUCUUUGGUUGUGUUCUUCUCAAGGACGAAAAUAUGCAAUCAUUUUCAUGGGCUUUAAAGACAUUCUUGACCUUCAUGAGUGGGAAGGCUCCUGAAACUAUUCUUACUGAUCAGAAUGUGUGGCUUAAAGAAGCAAUUGCACUAGAAAUGCCAAGAACCAGACAUGCCUUUUGCAUUUGGCAUAUCAUUUCAAAAUUUUCAGAUUGGUUUUCUGUGCUUCUUGGUCCACAAUAUGAUAAAUGGAAAGCUGAGUUCCAUAGGCUUUACAAUUUACAUUCAGUGGAUGAUUUUGAAGUAGGAUGGAGAGAAAAGGUUGAUUUUUAUGGGUUGCAUGGGAAUAAGCACAUUGUUAGCUUAUAUGCAUUAAGAACAUUUUGGGCGGUGCCUUUUCUCAGAGGUUAUUUCUUUGCUGGGAUGACAAGCUGUUUCCACUCGGAGUCAAUAAAUGCUUAUAUCCAACGGUUUCUAAGUGCACAAUCAGUCCUCGACAAUUUUAUAGAGCAGGUGGCUGCAGUUGUGGAUGCCAAAGAAGGAGGUGGAAAGCAAAAGAUGCAACGUAAAGUCCAUAAGAUCUCACUUAAGACUGGCUCGCCCAUUGAGUCACAUGCGGCCACAAUCAUGACACCAUUUGCAUUCUCCAAGCUGCAAGAAGAACUUGUUCUGGCACCACAAUACGCAUCGUUAAUUGUAGACGAAAGUUACUUUAUUGUCAGACAUCACACACAAAUGGACGGCGGUUGUAAAGUGAUCUGGGUCCCACGAGACGAGUUCAUUAGCUGUAGUUGCCAUCAAUUUGAGUUUGCAGGCAUUGUGUGUAGGCAUGUCCUUAGGGUUUUGUCAACAAACAAUUGCUUCAGUAUCCCCGACAAAUAUAUACCCAACCGGUGGCGAGAUGCUUGUAUGGUGCUGACUAAACCAGUACAUUUUCCUACUUCUGGAGAGCAUCCGAAAGUUCAGUUAUUGCAGUCUAUGGUUUCAACCCUAAUUACUGAAUCAACCGAGACUGAGGAGCGUCUUGAUGCUGCCUGUAAUCAGAUUGCAUUGUUGUUAUCUAGCAUCAAGGAAUUUCCUCGAUCAUCUCAAGGUGGUAAUGAUAUUGCCUAUAACAGCCCAUCGAAUUCAUUAGUUCUUCCUCAUGAUGUUGAAGAUUCUGAUGGUAUCGUCCAAAGCUUCAGCAGAGGGAAUCCUCAUGAUUCAUUAACUUCAGGAAAGCUGAAAGAAAGAAGAUCAAGAGAGGGAAUAGAUAUAUACAGGAAAAAGAAGCGAUGUUUCCUUUCUUUCGGACAGUUUGGAAAUGAAGAAACAGAUUUUCCAAUUAUGGGAGGCGAUGACUUGGAUGGAGAUGGACUCGGGUUCUUUAGGUGAUGUAAAACAAUAGAAUGUGUCCGAGGAAGUGUACUAAUCCUUUAUAUAUAUAUAAGGUUUCCUUUUUCCAAUGCAGUUAUCAAAAGUUUACUUAUACUGCCUAUUCUCAGAAAUUAUGUUCAUGACUUGAAAACAUAAGAUUGCGUUGUAUAGAAAGUCUUGUCAUUUCAGUAU